AUGAAUAGGUUCGGUGAACAACUCCGCUCGUCCAUGAUCAAGGACUAUUUCUGGCAUUAUAUCGCCUACGAUGAUCUGAAAGAUGCCCUCAAAACCCAAUAUGUCACCGAUCCCAGUCCGUCUAAUCCAAAACCCGACCGCAAACCCUGGACAGAAUCCGACGAGAGACGCUUUGUCGCCUUGCUAGAAAGUGAGCUUGACAAAGUCGCUACCUUCCAGAGCUUGAAAAGCAAUGAGAUCAUUCAGCGCAUCAAGGCUAGCGAGCGAGAAGUUAAUCAUGUGGUCUCCCGUCUGGAUAUCCCGGCUUCUGGUUCUCGUCGCGCUUCCGAGAGGCCCACGGAUGAAGAUUUCUUGCUUCUCGAGGCUGAUUUGAGCGAUAUUAUUGCCGACGUGCACGAUCUUGCAAAAUUCACGCAAUUGAACUAUACCGGGUUUCAGAAGAUCAUCAAAAAACAUGACAAACAAACCAUGUGGUAUCUCAAGCCUGUGUUUGCGACCAGGCUGAAUGCGAAGCCAUUUUUCAAGGAUAAUUACGAUGCUUUUGUUGUCAAGCUCUCACGACUCUACGAUCUGGUCAGGACCAAGGGUAACCCUGUCAAAGGCGACUCUUCUGCUGGCGGGGGCCAGCAAAACUUUAUUCGACAGACAACCAAGUACUGGGUACAUCCAGACAACAUUACCGAAUUGAAAUUGAUCGUUCUCAAGCAUCUCCCCGUCCUAGUAUUCAAUCCUAGUAAGGAAUUUGAAGAAAAAGACUCCGCCAUUACAUCAAUCUAUUACGACAAUCCGGAUACAUGGGAACUCUAUAAAGGUCGCCUUCAGAAAACAGAGGGCGCAGAGGCCAUUCGUCUACGGUGGUACGGCGGGAUGGAUGUUGACCAGAUAUUUGUCGAACGCAAAACACACCGAGAGGAUUGGACAGGAGAAAAAUCGGUUAAGGCACGAUUUCCAAUGAAGGAAAAAUAUGUUAAUUCAUACUUAUCCGGCGACAUGACUGUUGGAUCUGUCUUUGAAAAGAUGCGGAAAGAUGGCAAAAAGUCUGAGCAGCAGAUUGCCGACUGGGAAGCUCUCGCAAAGGAAGUUCAGUAUCGCGCAGUCACCCGUAAUCUCCAGCCUGUUUGCCGAACGUUCUACCAUCGUACUGCUUUCCAAUUGCCAGGUGAUGCCCGUGUGCGGAUUUCUCUGGAUACCGAACUGAGCAUGAUUCGCGAGGACAAUUUGGACGGGCGGAGACGUGCUGGCGACAAUUGGCGUCGUAUGGAUAUUGGCAUUGAUUGGCCAUUCCGACAAUUACCCCCGGAAGAUAUUGAGAGAUUCCCAUAUGCCGUUCUUGAGGUGAAGUUACAGACGCAGGCUGGACAGGAACCGCCCCAGUGGAUUCGUGACCUCACCGCUAGCCAUCUAGUGGAGGCCGUACCCAAGUUUAGCAAGUUCAUUCAUGGCUGCGCAACUCUGUUCCCUGACAAGAUCAAUCUUUUGCCAUUCUGGUUUCCACAGAUGGACGUCGACAUCCGAAAGCCAGUGACCCAUGACGAUGACGAUGAAACCGAUGAUGAAGUGGAACAGCGGGGUGAUAAUACCGCUACCGAUGGGACACAAAUCGCCAAUCCUGCAAUCUAUGAACGUCGUUUGACCGAAGCAACCCGCAAUGAACUGGAUGUCGAAGAACGUGUUGGUGUCGAUUUUCUUGCCGGUGAUGAGGAUUACCCGUUGUAUGACUCGGAUGAUGAGUCGGACUUUGAUGAUGCGCUGGAAGAGGCGCGUCGUGUUGGAGGGCCCUACUACUACCGCAUGCUACUAAGUAGUUAUCUUCAACGCACAGGGCAUAUCACUUGGGAAGUCUUGAAGGCCAUUACACCACGGCCUAGGGCCACACAAAUUCCAGAGGCUGGUAGCAACGGAAUCACCGUACUUGGGACUGGCAAACGUACAGUGAAGCGCUUCACUGCCCCUAAGGGGAAGCGCAUCCACGUCCCCAUUCGCGUCGAACCCAAAGUCUACUUUGCGGCAGAACGCACAUUCUUAUCAUGGCUUGAAUUCUCCAUCCUCAUCGGAUCCAUCGCAGCGACACUCCUAAAUUUUGGCAGCGACUAUGUAACAUUCGCAUCAGCAUGGAUAUUUACCACCAUCGCCAUCAUGUGCCUCCUCUACUCUGUGAUGCUGUACGUAUGGCGCGUGGACAAGAUCCGUAAAAGACGCGACGUCAAACGCAUCUACUACGAGAAAUGGGGACCGACCAUGCUCUGUCUGGGCCUGUUAUUGGCUGUGCUAGUCAAUUUCAUUUUGAGGGUGAGGCAUGGCAAUGGCAUUGCAUCUGAUAACAACAGUCAGAGUCAAAACCAGAUUGUUGCCAAUAUGUCUUCCUAUGAUAUGCGCGGGUUGGAGCUUUGA